GUUAGCUUCCCCCUGUCCCUCGUCGUGUCAGUUGUUUGUUUGUCAUCUAAUGCAGAGGUGUUAGUGCGCUUCCUGCAGUCUGUCGCUUGCCAACUGACAGCUUUGACUGCUUCAAUCACUCGGGGGACCAUCUCGACUAGAGACGCGCAUGCAUGCAUGAUCUCACAGGGUCCAAAUUAACUCCCGGCACGUUGGAUUGAUCCAGCAGCUGUGACCAGAAACAGAGCCCUUGGCAGCAUUGCACGAGCACCAUCGCGAUCUUGUUGAGCCGUUGUCGGUAUUAUCAUUGUGGUAUUCUGAUCGCUUUAUCAUCUCACUCAACGAUAUCAUCCCGCCUGGGUUAGAAGGCUAGGAUUAUCAUUGUCGUCACUUUCUAUGCACCAUGAUUAGGAGGGGUAGGACAGAAGGAUGGCUCAAGCAACCAAUUGAUACAUUGCCAAGAUGGGCGAUUUUCCAUGGAGUCGCAUUCAACGGCGUCAAGAUAGGUCCGUUGCCGGGGUUUGAAGAGAGAGGGUCGACUGUAAUAGCCGAUCAUGACCUUGAAGGAGGCAAGGUUGAACCUCUCCUGACCAUACCGAAGGAAUUGAUCAUUUCUCGUCAGAACAUUGAGCUGCUUGCCAAGGCAGACCGUCAUCUACGAGAGCUCCUCGAGGCUAUCGGAGACUUUGGAAGGACGACAAGAGGCGCAGUACUCACCUUCCUACUUCUACAAGCAACCAUCUGCUGCCCAGAGACGCAUGAUGUUGGGGUCCUGAAUCCUCUCACGGAGUACAUCAAGUUUCUCCCAGACGAGCUUCUACCCACAUUCUGGACUGAGGAGGAGCAAGACCUUCUAACAGGGACAACGCUGAAGCCCGCAGUGCGUGCCAAGCUGAACAGUCUAUUGCGCGAAUUCGAGACAUUGCGAACUGCCACUGAGUCCAUCGAAUGGUGCGCCAAGUACUGGUGGGAUGAAGACACUGGCAUGGUGACGUUCGAAGACUGGAUGCGCAUUGAUGCUAUGUACCGAUCGAGAGCACUAGAGUUUCCUGGGGCUGGCGACUGUAUGAUGCCUUGCGUUGACAUGGCGAACCAUGCAUCAGGAGAUGCGACAGCAGCUCUCUACGAGACUGAUGAUGAUGGAAACGGACUAUUGUUACUUCGAGAGGGCAAAAAGAUAGCUCCAGGCGGUGAGAUUACCAUCACAUAUGGCGAUGAGAAAGGUGCAUGCGAGAACAUCUUCUCAUAUGGCUUUCUUGAAGAUACAGUGGCCUCUGCCAAGGUCAUGUUUCUCGACCUCGACAUCCCAAGCGACGACCCACUGCGACCAGCCAAAAUAUAUGUAUCUACAGUAGCACCGGGCUUCCGCAUCUUCGAGAAAGACGGCCACGUAGACUGGGAAAGCGACUUCAUCUGGCUCGUCGUGAUCAACGAAGAAGAUGGUCUGGACUUCAAAGUCAGACAGACGAUUGACGGAAAACGAGAAAUUCAAGCCUUCUGGAAAGAGCGGGAAUUGGAUACUACCAAGUUGCGGGAAUAUCUGCAAGAAGACCCAGCAUGGGAUGUCUUCCAGCUGCGCGCCACAGUUCUCUUACAACAGAGAGUCGAGACGCAGAUAGACACCCUCCAGGAGAUGCAAGGCGCUAAGCGCGAGUUUUCGAUCCGGGAUGUGCCCUGGAUACUUGCGGAACGACUUCGAAAACUGGAACUUGAGCUGCUUGUGAGCGCUGUAUCCACUCUUGAACAUCAGAAAUCGAGCCUUGUGGAAUCAGAGGCUGUCCAGCGGUAUCUGGGCUUGGCUGGAGGAGACGAAGAGGUCGACUUCUCCUGAAGGUCAAAAGACCCCACAUUGAUGUAUCUUACUCAGGUGCGGGCCCCAUCUUCAAGUUGUGGCGGUCGUAGACGAAGUCAUAUACUGUGCGGCAAAUGCAAUUUAUUAUGCUCCCAC